GGGUAAGGCGCAGAGCAACAGGAGGCUGCACCGAGAUCUUUUUUUUUUUUUUUUUUUCAUCAUGCACAUUGCUUUUUAUUAUUUUUUCACUGAGUAGGCUGUAAGAAAUAUAGUUUAGGCUUUUACUGCUCAGUUAAUUAAAGAAAAAAAAAACAGAGCAGCAGGCCUAAUUAUAUUAGAUUUUUUAAUAUAAGAGAGUAAUUGGCAUUGUGUAGCAGGGACGUCGGGGAUCUCACGGACACAAUGCGCGCACGACAACUCGACACGGUAUUUUACGCGUGCGCGCGCCUGUAUUUAUUAAGCUGCGUGCUCCAGUGCGCACGGUGUCAGCGGGACUCGGCGCCUCUCAGGCGGACCAUCCAGUGGCAGCAUGACGGCAGACUCUUCAGCAUCCUGAGUCAGGGCGCGCAGUACGUGCCUCCGUUAAGGAGAAACGGAAACGGAGAUGGAGAGCAGCAGCAGCAGGAGCAGCGGCGGCAGCAGCCUCCGGUCAGACCCCUAACCGUGAUCAGCAGCGGCCAUGUGAGACACAACGAGCCGUCUGGUGCUUCCGCGCCGUCGCACUCACACGGAUCGCGCUGGUUGCCCCUCAGGCGCGCCGGUGCGCCUCGCGGCCGCGUAAACGACACCGCGCGCACGGCUCCGGGGCCGGUUCCGUCUCCACCUCCGUCUCCACCGCCUCCGAGGGCGCGAGACGAUGCCAUGGUCGGAGACGAUCCUUACAAUCCCUACAAGUACAGCGAGCAGGACAACCCGUACUACAACUACUAUGACGCGUACGAACGACCGAGACCGAGACAGAGACCCGGAUAUGGAACAAGUUACUUUCAGUACGGUUUGCCUGACCUCGUGCCAGAUCCGUACUACAUUCAGGCCUCCACCUAUGUGCAAAGGGUGCCAAUGUACAACCUCCGAUGUGCUGCAGAGGAAAACUGCCUUGCCAGCUCGGCGUAUAGGUCAAGUGUGAGAGAUUAUGAUACUCGGAUGCUGCUGCGCUUCCCACAGCGUGUCAAGAACCAGGGCACGUCCGACUUCCUGCCUAGCCGGCCACGCUACUCUUGGGAGUGGCACAGCUGCCAUCAGCACUUCCACAGCAUGGAUGAAUUCAGCCAUUACGAUCUGCUGGACGCCAGCACUCACUCCCGUGUGGCUGAGGGACACAAGGCCAGCUUCUGCCUGGAGGACACGUCCUGCGACUACGGCUACUACAGACGCUUUGCUUGUACCGCUCACACACAGGGUCUGAGUCCGGGAUGUUACGACACUUACAAUGCCGACAUCGACUGUCAGUGGAUCGACAUUACAGACGUGAAACCUGGGAAUUACAUCCUGAAGAUCAGUGUUAACCCCAAUUAUCAGGUUCAAGAGUCUGACUACAGCAACAACAUUGUGCGCUGUGACCUUCGCUACACCGGCAACUACGUCUACGCUUCAGGAUGUCAGUUGUCACCGUAUUAAAACAUGUUCAGGUCGACUUCAACACGUUAACGCCGACUGAGGAGACGUUAACUUUAGUCAUCAUGAAGAAAAGCAGUGGAUUUCCAGACUAAGACUGAAUACGAUAUUCGAUAGAAUCAUUUUGAAACUUAGCGCAUAUUCCAAGAUGAUGCUUAGACACAUUUCUGUCUUUUAUGUUUGUUUUUUUUUCUUUUGGUUCAUUUUGUUGAAUGAAUUGAUAUUUCAUGUAAGAUGAUAGACAUAUUUUCAAUAAAGAUUAUAAAAUGUUUACAAAAAAAAAGUAUGUUCCAGCUGAAGAUAAAAUGGUCAUUCUGGUAGAGAGUGCAGUUUAUUCACCUAUAGGGCCAUGUUUAACUCAGCUUUACAGAGAGGUAGAUUAAACGGUCUGUCUGAUCCACGCCGGACAACAAUCAGCUCUUUGAGGAUGUCCGUGACACUAUAUUCGUUUAUUCUGAGAAGAUAUUUAACAAAAGCUCAUAUUACUGCAAGACAUGUAUUACAUGAAAAUGACUUGAAUAAAUCAAUUUUCAUUCUCUGA